CCACUCUCAUUUCCAUGUUUGGUAUUCUGAUGGCCGUGUCUAUCACUAAGAUUGCAAAAAGAGACGCAAAACAAGAAUUUUGAAAUAUUUCUACUUGACUUGAAGUUUCUCAUUAGAACGGAUCGGAAAAUAAUGGAAUAUUCUCCUAUUUAUUAGCCAAACUUUAUCUGAAAUAGACUGAGACAAAAAAUGCAGCAAAUGUAUAUAUUAAGCACAUUAUUGUGUGCAAUGGCUUUACCCGGAGUUCUAGGCUUUACAUGCUACAAAUGUUCCUAUGUGACAAUAACGGAAGGCAGCCGUCGGGACUGUAUUGAGAAUCCGUCAGCAUUAGGAUUCAACUCACACCUGCAGUGUAACUCUACCAGCUAUUGUGUAUUACAGGAACAAUAUGAUAUACAUAAGAAAAUGGUGACAUCCUAUUUCCGCUCUUGUUCCGGUAAAUCAUGGGGUAAUGAGUGUAACAAAGAUUGGAGUCACGUGACGUGCAAAGCUUCUUGCCAAGGAAACUAUUGUAAUGAACAAGACAGAGGAAAACGUUACGAGCCAUACCUAGCAGAACAUAAAGAUGAUUAUUUAUAUGACAAUGGAUCUUCAGUCACAUCAAACAUUUAUUUAUUUGUGUCGAUGGCAUGUGUAGCGAGAUAUUAUCAAAGGAAGAUGGUGUGAGUGAAACAUACAAACUACGACGCAGUUACAAAUACAAUACUAUUGACACUAAAAAUCGGCUAUCAAAUAUCAAUUGACUGUUCAUGUAUAGUCACAUUGUAAGGCUAGUCUCAUGAUCUUAAUUUGCUUUUCAAUAGUUUUAUGGAUUGUACAUAUAAAAUAUUGUUGUUUGCUCAUGCAUAUAAGACAAUAAAUUUCUAUUUAUACUUUA